AAUUUCCCAUCCUUACGUCUGAUUUGAAGUGACGGCGAGAGGAAGCAUAAGGUAUCUCUCAUUCUGUUUGGACUCCUUGUUUAGAAGAGUGAUGGAGAUGCUAUUAAGCACAAAAGGGAUCACCAUAUGCCUAUUUUUCUUUGUACUGAGUUUGGCAGCAGCUAUUGAAAUACCAUUAUCAGUUGUGCAGCUUCCAACAAUCACGGAGCAAUCUCACACCCAGGUUGCCUACCCUUUUGAUGAGGACUUUACAAUUAAAUGUGAAGCUAGAGGAAACCCACAGCCCACCUUCAACUGGACUAAGGAUGGAAAACCAUUUGAUUUAUUAUCUGACCCAAGGAUAGUCGCAUCUAACAACUCUGGAACUUUUGUGAUUCAGAACCGUGGAAUCAUCACCAAUUUUCAAGGGAAAUAUCGUUGCUAUGCAUCCAAUAUUCUGGGAACUGCCAUGUCAGAAGAAAUUGAGCUAAUUGUUCCAAGUGUACCAAAAUUCCCAAAAGAAAAAAUUGAGCCCCUUGAUGUGGAGCAUGGUGAUUCUGUGAUUUUGCACUGUAAUCCCCCGAAAGGCAUCCCGCCUUUGCAUAUCUAUUGGAUGAAUAUUG